AUGGCCUCCCAGACGGAAGCGAUCACAACGUCUCGGAAGCAGUCGACUCAGUCGGGUGAGACAACUGGACAUGCUUCUAACCAAAGCGCACCUUCCGCGCACCCGGCCACGGGCAAGCGUCGCAGCAAGUACCGCCAUGUCGCGGCUUACCACUCGCAGGCGCGGCACUCCAGUUUGAGUCGGGAGUCUGAAGAGACAAUUAGCUUCCUGGGGUUUCGAAACUUGAUGGUCUUGGUGCUGGUUGCUAUGAACCUGCGUCUCAUCAUUGAGAACUUUAUGAAGUACGGCGUCCUCAUCUGUAUCAAAUGCCACGACUACCGCAAACAAGACCUGGUCCUCGGAUCCAUCCUCUUUGCGCUGGUACCCUGCCAUCUAUUCGUCGCCUAUCUCGUCGAACUAUCAGCCGCCGCAGCAGCCAAGCAGACGGUGGGCCGACAGAAGAAGACUGCCGAGGAGAAAGAACAUGACCAGCAGCGAUUCCGGUCAGACUGGCGCUAUACAGCUUUUCUGCACACUGUUAAUGCCACCCUGUGUCUUGCCGUGACCAGCUUUGUCGUGUACUUCUACAUCCACCAUCCGGGGAUCGGCACACUGUGUCAAUUGCAUGCCAUCAUUGUAUGGCUGAAGAACUGCUCCUACGCCUUCACUAAUCGCGAUCUCCGUCUCGCCUAUCUCAACCCAUCUGCCGAAUCGGGUCUGCCGGAGAUCUACGCUUCCUGCCCUUAUCCUCAGAACAUCACUCUAAAUAAUCUGGGCUACUUUUGGAUGGCUCCUACAUUGGUCUAUCAGCCGGUCUACCCCCGCAGCGAAGGAAUCCGCUGGCCCUUUGUUUUUAAACGCCUGGCGGAAUUCUUCGGUCUCUCCGUCUUCAUCUGGCUCCUGUCAGCACAGUAUGCAGCGCCCGUCCUGCGCAACUCAAUUGAGAAGAUUGCCAUUAUGGAUAUCGCCUCUAUCCUGGAGCGCGUGAUGAAGCUCUCCACCAUCUCGCUGAUCAUCUGGCUGGCGGGAUUCUUCGCCCUAUUCCAGGCUCUACUCAACGCCCUGGCUGAGGUCAUGCGUUUUGGUGACCGCGAGUUUUAUACUGACUGGUGGAAUAGUUCCAGUCUGGGCGUCUACUGGCGAUCCUGGAACCGCCCUGUCUACCUCUUCAUGAAAAGACACGUCUUCUCUCCGCUUGUCGGUCGUGGCUGGAGUCCGCUGGCGGCGAGUGGAAUGGUGUUUUUCCUUUCUGCUGUUCUCCACGAAAUGCUCGUCGGUAUUCCAACUCACAACUUUAUCGGUAACCCCUACCCGCCUUACUCUCGGUUGAGCUUGGCUAACUCCUUUAUAGGCGUCGCAUUUUUCGGCAUGAUGUUCCAGUUGCCAUUGAUCAUCCUGACUGUCCCCCUGGAGAAGAAGCGCGAUCCUCUUGGAAAGACCAUCGGUAACUGCAUCUUCUGGGUCAGUUUCUGUUUGGUGGGACAGCCUCUGGGAGCUCUGCUCUACUUCUUUGCUUGGCAGGCCAAGUACGGCAGUGUGAGUCGGAUGCGCACUUGA